AUCAGUCACAUAAAACUUUCACCUUCUCACAUGUUCACACACUUUAGCUGACAGGAUGAAGCUCUACACACUCCAUACACUCACAGCGCUGUGCUCAGUGUUGUGUUGGUGUGUGUUUACAGUACAGAGGGUGGAGUCUAACGAUGUCCUCCCAGCUCCAACUCUUUCGUUUGACUCCAAUGUGAACCAGAGCUCAAUCACACUGUACUCAAACAUAAUAGUUUUGUGCACAAUUCCUAACAAUGCGAAGUUGCCUGUAGAGAUUUGUCUCUCUAAAGCUGACACUGCACACACUUCGACUCCCUUUACGUCCACAAAACAAUUCAGGCUAAAAGAGGCGAGAUUCUCGCUCAAAGUGACGCCUGACCUCGAGGGGUCUUUGGUCUGCUGGUACAGUGGCAUCUCGUCCAAAGUUCAGUCUCAGUUCAGUGAGCGCCUCAACAUCACCAUCUCUGGUCUAUCUGACCCCAUAAUGUUGCUUAUUCCCACUGCAUUUCCUGUGGGGGGGAAGUACAUUGCUCAGUGUGAGACACCAACGAAAGGCUACGAAAACACCACGCUGAAACUGUACGACCGUCUCCUCCCGAUCCGCCUCGGCAAGGAGAACUUUGACUACAUCGGAUCACGAGUUCUCCUCCCGGGAGACUGGGGAGCCGCAUUACAUAGAACAAAUGCCGGAGAAACAUACGAGUAUAUCUGUGAAAUGGAAGUGUUCUUGAACGGGAGAACCUUACGCUCCACAUCCGAAAUCCUUACAGCCAUGCCAGAGGAGCUCCCGGUUCGUCUGAUUCCCAAAGAUUCAGGUCAGGGGAGCUGUUAUGGCUAUGCAUUUCUCAAAGUGAGAGCUGACUGGAGACCUUUAUGUUUUGACUACACGUUCUACGGCACUGUCAAUGUGGCGAAUGUCAUCUGCAGAGAGCUAGGCUGUGGGUCUGCGAUAAACUACGAGAAGAUUAGUUUUAAAUCUCCAGAUGCUAUAGGAACACCGAACUGCACAGGAAAUGAGAAGAAGGUUGCAGAGUGUCCUCUAGUUUUAAAUUACUGUAACCAAGGAACACUCAACGUCAUCUGCUCAGCGACUCUUUUUCCUCCGAAGCUCUCUGUGUCAGAACACGGUCCUGUUUCACGGAUCUACAUCAGGACCGGAGAAUCUCUGACCCUCACAUGCAUUUUUGAGUCUUCCGUAAACGAUCCUGCUUACAUCACCUUCACACGCAACGGAAAGGGGAUUUACACUACUAGCGCCCGACCCGGAUACACAGAGAGAUAUACUAUAUAUGACACAGUGCCUGACGGAGAGUACGCCUGCUCCGUACGAUCCGGCACGUACAAGACAGAAAACAGCAACGUGAUAGGCAUCUACAUUUACGAUCCUCCGCCUGCUGGAGCAGUUGCUGGUGGUGUCAUCACCACACUUCUAGGUGUAUUAAUCCUCGUCCUGCUCUGUGUUUGUAGAGCCGGUUCUGAGUAAGUGAAGGUCACUGGACCAAGAUCCGAGUCACCUCAGAGUUGCUCUAAUAUUAAUCUUGAAAUUUUGUAUUAUAUUAAUCUUUAUAUUAUUCUUUAUAGUAACCUUUUGUUCGAUAUUUUUGUCCUAUAAAAGCUGCGUUGAAACAAUGUCAAUUGUUAAAAGUGCUAUACAAAUAAAAUUGAAUUGAAUUGAA